UAAACGCUUUCGUUAUUUUGAUAACCAUUUUUGAAUACUAAGAUGUGUUGUUAAACAACACAAUAGAAUAACAAACCUUUUUCUGCAGUUUAUACAUGUGUGAAAAUAAGGAUGACGUAAAUUCAAAAGUCACCUCGAUUUAAUCGCAUUAUUAAUAAUUUUAAAAAUCAAAAUUAUAAAUUCAACUUUAUUGAAAACUCAAAUAAUUUAGUUAGACUCAUGGAAAACUCGUGAAAAUUUGUUACUAAAUCUCGUCUAAAAUCUCAAAUUAGGCAGCUUCAAAAAUUUAGUAUCCAUUAUGGUUUUCUCUAAAUUUAAAAAUUGAUUUCGAUAAGUUUUUAUUUUUUUUUUCAAUUAUUCACCCGUGUAAUAACCGGAGCUUUUGGACCAAUUAUGAGUCAGAUGUCUGCAAACUACAUCUCCUGGACGCCUUAUGGCCCCGUUUUGGUCAGUUCCCUCGAUCUGGUCGAGACAAAGCCCCCCAGUCCAGAUAAACUUGAAGCGACCAGUGCACAAGAUGUAGUAACUUCUGAAAGCUCAUUAAGGCCGAGUGGGGAGGAAAAAACCCUCAGGUUUGAGACAAAAUCACCCGAAUUGAUUUCUUCCAACGCCAAAAAUGAAGGACUUUCUGUUCAAUUGCCAACAACAAUUAUUGAGGAAAACAAAACACAAAAACUGAAAGAAAACAACAAUAACAACAAAAACCAAGGAAUUAACAAUAUUAGCAGUCCUAGUAAUAACGAAAACAACAAUAAUGCCAACAAUAACAGCAAUAAUAAUAACAAAAUCAGAGCCAGAAAUGUGAACACUCUUUCGCUUCCGAACCAAAUAGCCGAACAGCCUCCCUCGUCUCAUCUGACUUCCCCGACUACUCCGACUCCGAUUCUAAAAGACCCGAGGCGAGGUUCGUUCGUGGCAGACGCGACAGCUGGGGAUGAUCCUAGUAAGCGAAGACUUUCGUUUUUCGAUCCAAAUGCGACGUCAUCGAAACGAGCCUCGCUGGUUGUGGAUAAUUUGGAACGAGAACCAAGAAGGCUCUCGCUGUAUGGUCUCGACAAAGGGGAAUCAUCCGGUGCACUGGCAGAUGCAUCCCGAAGAUCAUCCACUUUUCUCGAGGUGCCCCAGACGGAUGCCCAGAGGCGGAGACGGAGAAGCAGUGCCCAAAUACCCACUGGGGCAAUAAUGGACAAGAAGGCCAGAGAUCAGUUGCUCGGUUUCCUCUUUCGAGACGACCCUCAACUACUCAAGACGGAGAUCCCGCCUAUUGAACCCCCUAGACGACGAGUAAAGCAAGUGGAUUUGAAGAAAUUCACCCGCAUAGACGACCACACAGAAUCUAUCCCGCCCGCCUCCGAGAUAGACUUCGACACCAUCCUGCAUUUCUUAUUCGACAGUGAUGACGUCAGAACUGACAUUCAGAAGUCACGUGCAAUCUUCCACUACAUCACCACUAGGACUAUAGAGACUGUGCCGUCUCUGGACGUGCUGCCGGAAAUCACCCCCCUCGCCUUCCUGGCUGGGAUCCGGAGGGGGUCGUUUUCGCUCUACACUCUCAUGUUCGAAAUAUUUUGCAGGUAUGCGUCUAUUCCGUGUGUGACGAUAGAGGGGUGGGUGAAACCGAGGAAUUUCAGGCCGGGGGACAAACUGGGCGAUCACUGCCUUCAUUCGUGGAAUGCUGCCUACUUAGACGGCGAGUGGUUCUUGGUCGACAUCGCGUUCGGUGCGGCCGAAGCAGACCCGGUGAAGUUCCCCAACUCCCGCCCGGGCAGUGAGGCCUCGAACAGGAGUGUCCUAUCCAGCAGCAGCGGCAGUGGAAACCACCCAAACACCCCCAAUAGUCCUAACGCUCCCAUAGUGCCAGAGACGGAUAUGCUAGAAAGAUCCAAAAGAGGGUCCGGUGCUAGCAUAUCUAGCUGCCUCGCUACAGAGAUGAGCCGGAGAUUUGGAACAGCAGAGGACUACUACUUCUGCCCCGUGCCAGAGGACUUCAUCUUCACCCACUUCCCGUUUGAGUCCAAGUGGCAGUUGUUGCAAGAUGGAGACAGUUUGAGCAAGAGAAACUUCGAGAAAUUAGCUGUAAUUAGAGACGAAUUUUUCAUGAUGGGUUUAAACGUGACCGAAGAUACCCAUUUCACGACAACUGUCAAAACAACGAACGGAACUGCCAAGUUUGUAUUCCGACUGCCAAUCUCAUUCGUGUUAGAGUUCAGAGUACAGUUAUUAUGCACGAAAGGUCCGCACAAAGGCAAAGAGCUACCCCGCUAUGUUUUCUUCUAUCGCGACCAGACCAAAAUAGUGUUCGAAACCAGACUCAACUUCUCGGGCGAAUUCUCAAUCGUAUUCUUCUGUCGACACGAACUAACUGAUAGUUUAGAUCAGGACGAGCUAGAUAUCAUCACUUUCUGCGAGUUUGCGAAUUAUAAAUUGGUUUGUAAUUAUGAGGAACCGCCGAAGAAAAUCAGGAAAAAAGGACACACAGGAGUGGCUGAAUUGGAAUCGCAAGUUAAGGAAGACGCUCGAGAUCGACUAUUGGGACCUCAAAGAGCAGCCAUGGAAUACUUGAACUUGACUUUUAUCGACCACGAGUCAGGCUACUUUCGGGUUCACGCAAGUGGCAAUUUAGUCGUUCGGAUUUAUGGAACAGAACCGAUCGAGGUCCGUUACGAAUUGAUGAAAGACCAGGAUAGUUACCGCAAAUUCUGUUCCCUAGUUCUGGGCGAUGGCGCCGACCGAAACCACAUCUACUUCCGGUGUAGAUUCCCCGAAGCGGGCGAGUAUUUCCUGAAACUGUUCGGAAGGUACCCUUCAAUUGAAAGUGAAGAUUGGACGAUGUUUGCAUUUUACAUGGUUAGAGUUCCGCAAUCGAGCAAACGGAAAUACCAUUCGCCUAAAUGCACUUCGGGUUAUUUCGGACUCAAACCUGCACUUGAAAAACCGACGUUGUUAGUUUCACAUAGAAGCCCUUAUUUUUACAGCAAGGAAAACAAAAUUAUCCUAACUCUGAAUUGUGAAAAAUUCCGCAAUGAAAUUCGGAUGAAUUUUUUCUAUCUGGAUACAACUCAAGGUUCUAGGGGUGCAAUGACAAAUGUAAACAAUUUGUUGUUUUACGACCGGUUUCUGGCUGAAAAACAGCACAUUCAGUGUGAUAUAGAAAUGAUGUCACGUGGUAUUCACGUGUUGGAAAUUUUCAGAAGAAAAAAGACCACAAAAAAGAUCCCAAAACCUCUCGACCCAGACGAAGAGUUGCUGAAAAUACUCGACGACGAAAGCCAAUCAAUCAAAUCAGGAUUUUCCGAAGAGUUUAUCGAAAAGGUAGAAAUUGAGGACGAAUAUAUCAUGACUUAUGGAAUCGAUUACAUCGGUCGGGAAAUCCCGAAUUCUGAAGUUUGCGAGUUUCCGGAUAUUUUGCCGAACUGGUCCGGUCGUUGCAAGUUAUUCGAGCCCAGAAUUCGGUUUUUGCCCGCUUUGAAGACGAUACUUUUCAGAAUAGCAGUUCCCUGGGCUAAAGAGGUUUGGGUAAAGGGCAGGGAAACAACGAAGUUGGAGCGUCAGGACGAUAAAAGAGGCAUUUUUAGUUACAACGUUCUUGUUGGAAUGUUUCAUCCGAACUUGACAGUGCAAGCUGUUCCUUAUAACGAGAAGAAGCCAGAGAGUGAAAAAGUGAGAGCAGAAGAAAUGGGGGAGAACGAAGGGGUUGGUAUUGAGGCGGAAGAAGAGACGGACCCGGAGCCACUGGAUUUGCUGAAAUUCGAGGUGGACUUCGGAAACAUUGACUUUGCGGAUGCUGACGAAUUGGGCCAAGUGGCGAAACGAGUGCAGGAGGCGAUUGACAAAGCGUGGACCCAUCUGGGUCAGGUGUCUGCCCUGGAAAAGGAGGUGGAAAUACUGGAGAGUAUGCAUAUUAGAGACACAGAUGGAAUGUACGAACAUGCCAAGAAGCUCAUCCCGUUCUUCAAAAUUAGAGAAAAGUUGGUGAUUGCGAUGUCUGACAUGGACUAUGAGUCACUGAGGGGGGCUCUGAAAGUGAUCGACAGUAAGCCAGAGUACCAGGAGUGGCUGGCAUUGGAGUACCCAAGAGCGUGCAAGCUUCUAAGACAGAUGGAAAAACGUCGUCACAUCCGAGACAAGGGGAGGGAUUUGAAUCAGACUUGUGUAACUGAGAUUAGGAGAUUCAACAAACCUCUGCCGAUGUUACAUCAAGUGAUGAUGGGGGUAUUCGCUCUAUUGGGAUAUCCGAAAGACAGUAUCAAGAAGUGGGAGUUCAUCCAGAAGGAGAUGGGUAGACCGGGUAGAGAUGGGACCCUCUUCAAAGUGCAGUCUCUUCGAGUGCAUGAAAUAGAAGAAAAGCAAGUGUCUCUGGCGGCUAAGAUUCUGGCACAAGUGGAUGAAAUGGAUGUGAAAAGUCUGACUUCAAGUGCUGCUGCGUUUUACGAAUGGGCUGUGAAGAAACUGCGACUGGCGAUGAAGUUUUUGAAUGGUUAUGAAGUCACAGAAGCGGAGGAAAGGUCAUCCACUGUUCCCACUACGGGGUCAUCCACCGCCAGGACAAUAUCAACUGCUGCAGCUGCACAAAGAGACAGGUCAAGGUCAAACGAACGAGAUAAUAGUUCAAGAAAAUAUCAUCAGCAGCACUUGUCGAGUGAGAGUAAACUUCAAGGAAGCGCUCAGGAAUUGUUGGAUGACGAGAUUGUGAAAGAACUCAUAGAAACAGAGCCAGAGAAGCCCAACCGGUCCAAUAGUGCAACGAGGCCCAGUACGGGAAGGUCAUCCACCAAUCUACCCUUAGAGUACACAGCCACUGCAGUCAACACUAUUCGCAACCAGUCCCGACCCAGAACAGCUGUAUCAGUCACCAGGUCCCGCCCAACUACUAGCCAGGAUCCGAAUGCCCGAAGUGACUACAUUGAAGAGUUCCACCCAGCAAUUGAUGGUCACGUGGCAACACCAAAUAUAAAACCGGAGAAUGAUCCAGGAUUGUCUAAGAAGCCAGCAUCGUCUUCAAAGAGUGUGAAAAUAAAAACAGACGGAGACUAUGAUAAAGCCACGAAGACAGACCCCUCAGCCCCAGCCAAAAUUAUUCCUGGUUCGACGUUUGAUGAAAAAGCAGAUUCGAGGUCUUCCAAAAAGCCGCCUUCAUCUUCGAAGAGUGUCAAAAUCAAAAGCGAUGAUGAAGAAGAAAAAGAAGUUGCAAAGAAAUCUAAAGAAGCAGAAAUGGAGAUCACAGCUGACAAAACCAAAAAUUGUUCUUUGUCACGCUCGGUAACUCAAACUUUACUUUCAACGCCUACAAAAAGUCCGAAACCGAAAGCGGAGAUAACCAGUCGCGAUUUAAAACCACUGAAACGAUCCCCUACUAUGACCAAGAUCUUGGCCGAAGCUGAGUUCGGCCCCAGUUCCGAAGUUGCAAAAGCCGACGAAAAGCUGCGAGACACAAAGUCGUCGCCAAGCGAGAAGCCGAGUACGAGCCAAUCCGACAAGAGUGCGUCAAAAAAAUCCGACAAGCAGCUCGAAACUUCGACAACAUUUAAAUCAGCCAGUCGCGAAACAGUGCUUAGUGAAGACGCAAAUAGCUCUGCUAAUCGAAGUCAAAAUCACUCGGAUUCGGGAAUGAGAGUCGACGAAACAGGAUCGUCUCGUAUGAAUAGUGGAGUGUUACGAGUCGUACUUUCCGACGACAUAGAGCAAGUCGGCGUUGACGAAGUAGACGAAAUAUCACAAAGGCGAAAAGACCAACAAAGGGCACAUGUCCGAAGUCUCGAAAGCCGAACGCUAGAAAGCCGACAGACAACUGAACGAAGCAUCAAGUCUGAAAACAUGUUGGCGCCUCCGCAGUUUGAGCAUGAAAAACUCGUGGAAAAACUGGGAGUGUUAGCUGCGGAACAAUCACGUGAUCCGCGCUUUGGAAAUAUGCCGCCGCCGACUCCGAUUGUAAUUCCACCGACGCCGCUUCUCGAACGGGCGGCAUCGGCGCACUCGUUGAAUUCGAACCUCUCAGAGAAAGAAAAUAGAACGUCUUAGUAAUUUCAAGUUACGAAUAACAAAAAUAUCAAAAAGGACAGACAAUUUUUUCAGUUUUUAGAAGCUUUCAAGUGAAAUGCCAUGACGACAAUAGAAAUGCAAAUUAAACUGAAUAAAUUGAUUGUGAAUUUAUGUUAAUGUUGUCUGUUUUAACUUUUGAUAUUUUUAAAAGCAAAAACGAAGGUAGAAGUUGAGAAUGUAGUAUUGUAAAAGUAUUGAUCCCAAUUCAGCAACAAGUGAUGAAGAUA